AUGUUUAUGAAUCUUCUUUCCCAAGUUGUCAAUUCAAUUAUUCCACAGGUAAAUAGGUUUUCAAUGUUUUGCAUGGAGUUUUUCGAAGUUUUUUCUACAAAGUUGUGGUUCAAAAAAAAUUAGAACAAACAUCUCCUUUUAUUUGUCAUCAUUUUUGUUUUGCCGUAGUCAGUCACAAAAUAGUUUUUUUUUCAUAGUUGGCAGAGAAAACUCUGCGCCUCGCUCCUUAUCUAUCUUUGUUUCGAUUCACUCUUUCUCUCUAACCUUGCUUGUUGUUUUUCUUCUGCGUUUUUCAUAUUUAUUUCUCUCGAAACUUCUAAAUAAUUUUGAAUUCAGGUCGAAGCUGCUCAAAAAAUGUCGAACCGCGCUGUUGCCGUUUUGAGAAGUGAAAAUGUUAAUGGAACUAUUUAUUUGACACAGAACUCUGAAAACGAGCCAACUGUUUUGUCUGGAGAAAUCAAGGGAUUGAGCCCUGGACUUCACGGAUUCCAUAUUCAUCAAUACGGUGAUUCAACAAAUGGUUGCAUCAGUGCCGGACCACAUUUCAAUCCAUUUGGCAAAACUCACGGAGGUCCAAAUGUAAGUCAAAAUUUCUCAACAAACAAAAACCUUCGCAAUUUUUUUCAGUCAGAAGUCCGUCAUGUUGGAGAUUUGGGAAACGUUGAAGCCGGCGCCGAUGGUGUCGCUAAAAUCAACAUCACCGAUAAAUUCGUCACUUUGUUCGGUGUUAAUUCAGUCAUCGGACGUUCCCUCGUUGUUCACGCCGGAGUUGAUGAUUUGGGAGAAGGAGUUGGUGAGAAAGCUGAAGAAUCAAAGAAGACUGGAAAUGCUGGAGCUCGUGCUGCUUGUGGAGUUAUUGCUCUUGCCGCUCCACAAUGA